AUGUCAUUCAGAUUCUUGAAAAGGACACACCAAUGUCUCCCCCGUCUCAACUGGCUUAUGCCUAUUAGACGGUAUGCCAAGCAACCUCAAUACGAUGAAGCAGACAUAUUUGCCGAAAAUAUAAAUCAUGGCGCAUAUAAAGCCAAGAAAAGACUAUCUAAAGAACAUUUCCAAUGGCCUGAGAAAUCACCUGAUCAGAUUUCCAAGGAAUCUGAACUUCAAUGGGAAAGAAUGGCUAAAUUGUCUGCUGUUGGGCAGGGAAUCCUUAUCCUCUUCGUAGUAGGUGGGCUGGGAACGGCUUAUUUGCGUUGGCCAGAACUAAAAUCCUGGUGGUUGGUUAAGAUGAAUGGUGGUCGCAUAAAUGCAGUGCAAGAGCAAAACGGCCAAGAUUCAUUGGAGAAACUAAUUAGACAAAAGGCCAAACAUCUACUAAGAGAGAUCCCUCAAGUUCCCACCUUCCAACUAGGAAUAGAUCAUCCUGGCGUGUAUAUAUGGGGAAGGUGUCAUUCUAAGGACUCUUUGUUCCCGAUCAGAGUGCCCAAUUUGGAUAACCGUAAAUUUAGAGACAUCUUGUUAGCUCCAUCAGACGAUUUCAACACUAAUUUCGCACUUGACGAGAAAGGUGAUCUGAUAUCGUGGGAUGAUUUGGGGCAAACAAAAACGUUAUUACCGGAUCAAGAUCUAACUUCGAUGAGGUACUCUAGUGACUACUUAUAUGCGCUAAAUAAAAAGGGUGAAAUUUUAGUCAUACCGAUCAGGACUCCGAAUCUCAUUGCGUCGAAGUUAUCAUCAAGAAGGUCGAAACUUUUACCAUGGAAAACAAGACAAAUAUAUGCUUGGAAGUUACCAACAAGCCAAGUUUUUAAUGGUAAGAAGGGAGAAAACCGUGUAGUACAGUUUGACACUGGUAACCAUCAUCUGGUGCUGCUAUCCAAUUUAGGCAAGGCUUAUUCGUGUGCCACGGGGAAUGACCAAAAACAAGCUCAAGUAUCCAGGGGACAAUUUGGUAUGCCAACACUCUCACAAUUUGAUGAGUUUCCUCCUAAUAAUGAACUAUUUGAGAUUGAAUUACUAAAUAAAUUCAAAUAUGAAGGCGACGACGUUGUUCACAGAAGAGAAAUAAAAAAAAUAGCGUGCGGGUCCUACCAUACGCUAGCAAUAGACCAGCAUGGUGAAAUUUAUGCCUUUGGGUGGAAUAGAUUUGGCCAAUUGGCACUACCUAUCUCUUAUAAUCUAGAAUAUGUUUCUUUUCCAAGGUCCGUAAUGCACGCUUUUAAACCGCAUUUCCCAGGUAUGACCAACUGGAAAUGUGUGGAUAUUCAUUGUGAUGAUGAAACAUCGUUUGUGACCAUUCGUCAGCCCAAAUCCAGUUCGAAGUCAGACUAUCAUUAUUUUGCGUUUGGUAACGGACUUUUUGGUGAACUAGGUAACAAUACUUUCAAAAACUCGCAAUACGAUCCAAUAAAAAUCAAAGUGGAUGACAAAAGACUGAAGAAUUGGAGUUGCGGCUCUCACUGCGUGUUUAGUGAAACAGAACAAGAAAAUGAGGUGCUUGCUUGGGGUAAUAACGAUCAUGGCCAGCUAGGUAUUGGAAAGAAAACCGUGAAAUAUGCCAAGCCGAUGAACAUUCCAGAGGUCCUGAAGCCAGGUCAGGAUACAACAGACUUGGAGUCAAUUUAUAACAGCAGCCUACACUUAGCAAAGCACCAACGUGUCAUCACUAACGGCAUUAAGAGUUGUAUAUAUUGGCAGGUGUGA